AUGCCGUCAGCCACCCCGUCGAUCAUCCCAUCAGUCAGCCAUCCAUGCCGUCAGCCACCCCGUCAGCCGUCCCGUCAGUCAGCCAGCCACCCCGUCGGCCAUCCAUCCAAUCAGCCAACCCAUCGACCAUCCCGUCGGCCAUCCAUCCCGUCAGCCACCCCGUCGACCAUCCAUCCCGUCAGCCAUCCCGUCGACCAUCCGUCCCGUCAGCCAUCCCGUCGACCAUCCAUCCCGUCGGCCAUCCCGUCGACCAUCCAUCCCGUCAGCCGCCCCGUCAGCCAUCCCUUCAGCCACCCCGUCGGCCAUCCAUCCGGUCCGCCAUCCAUCCCGUCAGCCAUCCCCUCAGCCAUCCAUCCCGUCGGCCACCCCAUCAGCCAUCCCGUCAGUCAGCCAUCCCUUCAGGCACCCCGUCGGCCCUCCCUCCAGUCGGCCAUCCCGUCGGCCGCCUCAUCAGCCACCCCGUCGGCCAUCCAUCCAGUCAGCCAUCCCGUCGACCAUCCCGUCGACCAUCCGUCCCGUCAGCCAUCCCAUCAGUCAGCCACCCCGUCGGCCAUCCAUCCCGUCGACCAUCCCCUCGACCAUCCAUCCGUCAGCCACCCCGUCGGCCAUCCAUCCAGUCGUCCAUCCCGUCGACCAUCGUGUCGACCGUCCAUCCCGUCAGCCACCCCAUCGGCCCGCCGCAGGGCCCGGCCGGCCCGGCCCGAACCGGGAGCGGGAAGGCCGUCGGACCUCAGGCCCCCACCCCCCGGCCCCCCCGUGGGGACCCCAAACCCCGACCCCCGUCCCGCAGUGAAAAGGGCCCCCCUCGCCUCCCACACCAUCGCCCCCCCGGACUGCGGUCUGUGCCCGGCGCUCGGGCCGGCCGCCUUCGGCCCCGCCACUUUUUAA